AUGCCAUCUCAAACGGAAGUCAUUGCAGCUCUUGAUGCAGCCAAGCCUAAAUGGUUUAGCCACAAUGGCGCAGAGUACGUCCAAGCUCAUGCAGGAGAUCUACUGCCAUUUGAAACCGACAGAAUCAUUGGCUCGCUUGACACCAUCGAACCUGGGGUGUUUGCCGGAAACGAAGUCGAACGUCUAAAGGUACGCGCUGCUGCACGUCGCCUACUUGCAAGAGUAGAAACACCGUAUGAGCGUGCCUGGGGCUUCUGCUUCGAACAGCCUGUCGUCUUUGCCGCUCUACAGACAUGCAUCGACUUGGGUCUUUGGAAGUCCUGGACAGGUGUUGGGGGUGAGAAGUCUAUCGACGAACUGGUCGCAUUUACCACUCCCACUGUUGAUACAAAUCUGCUGCGUCGACUGUUCCGCUUACUCGCUGCUUUCAACGUGGUUGAAGAGACAGGGGAAGACAGAUUCAAACCGACCCCGUUCUCGAACGCUAUCGGCGACGAGAGCACCAAGGUGCGCGCCUCACUUCAGGCAGCAACCAAUCAAUACCUUGCUGCUGGCCACAACCUGCCAGCGUACCUAGCAAAGAUAUCCUACAAAGAGCCCACGGAUGUCAAUACGAAUAACCACUCAGGCAGUGACCCUGAUGGUCUCAAUUUCUUUGGGCGAUUGCAGAAAACCCCUGCUUGCUUUGAAGCUUUCACUGGUCACAUGGAGGCCUGGACAGCAUGGAAGACCCCGUGGACCAAGGUCUACGAUACAACAAAGCUGCUGAAGGGUGCGAAGCUGGACAAUGGCUCUCCCUUCGUGGUUGAUGUGGGUGGAAACACUGGGAUUGAUAUUUCCCACGUUCUUGCAAAACACCCAGACCUUCCUGCUGGAUCGCUAGUGCUGCAGGAUCUUCCAGAAGUGAUUUCCAACGCGCAAGUUGAUAAAAAGAUCACUGCUAUGGUUCACGAUUUCUUUUUACCUCAGCCGGUGAAAGGGAGCCGUGCGUACUUUAUGCACGCAGUUCUUCACGAUUGGCCAGAUGACAAGGCUAAGCAAUUGCUUGUGAACACCAAAGAUGCUAUGGUCAAGGGAUACUCCAAGCUAUUUAUUUAUGAUAUUGUUCUUCCACCAACGGGGGCGAGUAUCAGUCAGGCUACAAUGGAUGUGGAGAUGAUGUCGCUGUUGUCGGCUUCCGAGCGAACACAAGGCACUUGGACGAAGCUGUUGACUGAUGCUGGGUUUAAAAUUGUUAAAUUUUGGCCUGAUCCUCAGCAGUAUGAGAUGGUUAUUGAGGCCGAGAUUGCCUAG